AACGUGAAAUUUCUACGUAUACUGCCAAAGUUUGCAAAUAAAUGCAAAUAUAUUGAAAAAUACUGGUAUUUACACAAUAUGAAUGCAGCAAACAAGCGGAAGGACACCAUGGACGUUGAUAAAAAUGCCAAACGUGUGAAAAAGGAGUGCAGUUAUGGUGAUAAGUGCUACAGGAGGAACCCCGCGCAUUUGAGGGAGUUCAGUCAUCCACAUUUGGAAGCCAUCCUCGAUACAAGUGUCGGCGGGGACUACACGAUCCCACCGGAAUUGAGUCUGCAGCGGCAACUUAUUUUAGAACAGCUGGAAAUCAUUGUUGAGAAGAAACUGUAUGAGCCACGGAGUUCUAGCACAAAGACGCCAGACCCUCCACCUGCCAAACAGUCAAACAAUGCACCACAGACAAUCAAAACAGACCAAAAACCAGAGAGUUCAACGUCUAAAGAAACAGAGAUAAAACUUUCAAGGGAUGUAAAGGACUCGAAAGAUGAUAAAAAUUCUUUUGCGUCUAAUUCUGAUAAAAAGGACACCAGUAUUAAAGGUGAUGGAGAAAAAAAAGCUGUAGAUUCUGGAAAAACUAAAGAUGACUAUCGGCCCAUAGUGCCUCCAACGCGCCGCGCCACAGAGUACCUAACCGUCGUGCGGCCCGAAGGGAAAAUGGCCGCUAAGCAUGCCGCCAGCGCGCCCUAUCACAUAUUUUACACAACUAUUGCUGCCGCUAAGGAGACACAUAGUCAACCAACCUCCAUCACUUUUUUAGAGAUCCUGGACCGCAGUCUGGGCGAGUUGCAAUGCUCUCUUCAGAUCAACUUCAUGGUGGAACCAGCUUGGCUACUGGCGCAAUAUUACUUCGCUGGAUACAGUGAAAAGAAGCUAACCAUACUAUAUGGAGAAGAAUGUGCGGAUCUCAAGAACAUCAGUACGAAGAAACCUCACGUCGAAGCUUAUCAGGUGCCCAUGGCAUCGCCUUUUGCAAAACACCAUACAAAAAUGAUGAUUCUGUGCUACGAGGACGGUUCUCUGCGGGUGGUAGUGUCCACGGCCAACUUGUAUAUGGAUGACUGGGAGAAUAGGACACAAGGCCUCUGGUUCAGCCCCCGCUGCCCAGAAUUACCCCCCGACGCGAUGCCUCACGACGGAGACUCCCCCACACAGUUCAAGAAGUCCCUACUCAAGUACCUAGCUCAGUACAGGACUCCAAUGUUGUCGAGAUAUGUAGCUAGGGUGCAGCGGUGUGACUUUACCCAUAUCAACGUAUUCCUAGUAGCGUCGGCCCCCGGCGGCCAUUUCGACAUGGAGUUCGGGAUGACGCGUGUGGGAUCGCUGCUGCGGCAGCAUUGCAGCAUUCCUCGCAGCGAGCAGCAACGCUGGCCGCUGUUGGCCCAAGCCAGCAGCAUCGGAAGUUAUGGGAAGGAACCCCGGUUAUGGCUGACGGGUGACUUUCUUCAUCACUUUACGAAAAUAAAGGAGCAGCCUCAAACGUUAUCGCAACCUCCAGAGUUAAAACUGAUAUAUCCUUCAUUAGAAAAUGUUAAGCAGUCCCACGAUGGUCUCCUUGGAGGCGGUUGCUUGCCGUACGCUGCAGAAGCACAUUUCAAACAGCCCUGGCUCAACAGUUUUCUUUAUCAAUGGAAAGCAAAAUCGUCUCACCGGGACAAAGCGAUGCCUCACAUAAAAUCCUACACAAGGACUUCACCGGAUAACAAGAAAUCUGCUUACUACUUGCUGACCUCAGGUAACGUCAGCAAAGCAGCUUGGGGCAACAUUAACAAAGGGAACGCCGCCCUUCGCAUUAUGAGCUAUGAAGCCGGAGUACUAUUUCUGCCGAAAUUCGUGAUAAACGAAGAUUUCUUCCCGCUAGAGCCGAACGCUCCGAACCGAUUAAUAAUUCCGUACGACAUUCCGCCCACCAAAUACACCAGCGAUAUGCAACCGUGGGUCAUGGAUUAUUUGCAUUAACUCUUAUGAGCUAAGGAGUUGGAGUACUCUUUUUGCCGAGGUUCAUGGUAAACGAAGAUUUCUUCCCGCUAGAGCCGAACGCUCCGAACCGAUUAAUAAUUACGCGCCUCUUUCAUAUAUUUGAUCGCCAGUGUCCGAGGUGUGACUCGGGAGAAGAGCUUACUUUUUUUUGAAGUGGAACUUCUAAUACGACAUCCAACUGACAGCGCGUAACACUCAGUCAUUGUUACUUUGCGUGGAAUGCCGCUCACUCAGCGCGUAACAUUCUGUCUCAACGCGACUCACUCAUUCCAUUCAUUCACUUAUUCACACAGUCAGUGACAAAACAGAAUGCCAAGAAUGGUUUUGAAUGGUGGAAUGGUUAUAAUAAAUAAAUAAAUAAAUAAUAAUUUGAGCAAAUAGCAAUGUAAAAUAUUUAAAACUGUAAAAAGAUGGACGUACCUAAACGUAAAAACGUGAUGGUCACUUGGGCAAUGUUUUUCAAAGGAACACCCCACAUUUUUUUUUUAAUUUGAUAAAUUUUAUGUGGUUUCCACUCAGAAUCGUGAGCUCUUUAUAUCCUAAUAGGAGAAAAAAGUGUCCCAAGGUUUUUUCCCAAUUGCGUUAC